AUGCCUGCCUCGACAACCCACUUCGUUCUGCUGUGUUGUUGUAUAGCUGAAUGCUUUGAUGCAUUGUGUUCUUUGGUGCUACUUCUGGGCGGAGAUGUCGAACUUAACCCUGGUCCUCGCACGACUUCCGUACCAGAAAACCCGAGUAAGGACAACCAGAGCAAGAAGAUGGACGGAAUGCUACAACUACUUCAGGACGUUAAUGCCCGAACUCUGAAGUUUGAGACUGGUCAGGCCAGCUUAAUCAGCUCCAUUGAUAAAGUAAGGAAAAGCCAGCAGUCGAUGGAAAAUAAACUAGCUGACGUGAAUAAAAGACUCGUCAAUAUAGAAACGAAAGCGUUGAAGCUGGACGAAUGGAGGAGAAGAGAGGAACUUCUCCUCCGAUUGAGGAGAUCUUCUCCUCAAUCGGAGGAGAAGAUAAGAACGGUGUGUUCUCGAGCCAUGAACUUGCAGAUUGACGUGGAAUGUAUUGCUCGGGCGCACAGAAUGGGCGCCUUCUCUGCUAGCCGUUGUCGUCCUCUAAUUGUAAAAUUUGCAAAUCUAAAGGCUCGUGAGAAUAUUUUGAGUUCAAAAUCGGUACUAGAAAAUAGCAGUGUUUUUGUAAACGAGUACUUUUUGCCGGCAACCCGUCAGGCACGACGUAAACUAAUCGAAUUAGCGAAGGGUACGUAUCCCAAUAUUGCAUUUACUUUGUGUUAUAACAAGCUUUAUGUCGACAAAAAAGUCUUUACUUACUGUUUAGAAACUGACUCCGCCGUUCAGUUUGGAGAGCAUCAGGAGGCCGUAGCAAGCGCUUCAACUAAUAGGUCAUCUUCUAGCCCUGCACGAACAUCAUCAUAG